AUGGGAGACGAUGACAAAAAAGCAGAAAGGCGCAUAAUUGAGCCUCAGCCUAGUCUUGUUUACUAUUUACACUGCCGACCUUACAUAAACCAUUUCCACCGCCAGCUGCCUACAUUUGCAGAAGACUCUCCUCAGCUUUCAAUUUGCCGAAAUUUAGUAUGCUCAUUUAAGAAUAAAAAGCCAUCCCCAGUCUUUUCAGUUCAAUGGACAAAUCAUGGAAAGCGUGCCAUUAUAGGCUGUGACUCAGGGGAGUUUUUAUUGUGAAGCGGGAUCAAUUUUAAGUAUGAAAGCUUGAUCCAAGUCCACAGAUAUGGAGUUCGAGCAAUGAAAUGAACUAAAAAUUACCAUUUCAUGAUCUCAGGCGACAAUAAUGGCUAUAUCAUCGUCUCUAAAAACAACAUGAAAACUCUUAAAGAAGAACAAGGCCACGAAGAAGCUGUUAGAGACCUCUCCUUUUCUCCUGGAGACGGCACAAAAUUUGUAUCAUGCUCUGAUGACCGCCUUGGCAAAGUCUGAGACUUCGCCACUAUGAGAAUAGAAAGAGAACUCGCAGGGCACGGCUGGGAUGUGAAGUGCACAGACUGGCAUCCUUAUAAAUCUCUAAUAGCAACUGGCAGUAAAGAUAGCUUAGUCAAACUCUGAGACCCCAAAACAUCAGCCGAACUAUUCUCAGUUCAUGCUGGAAACAACGCAGUAACUAGAGUCAGAUGAAGCAUUAAUGGGAAUUAUUUAUUAACAGGCUCAAGGGACACAAUGGUGAAGCUUUACGACGUAAGAACUAUGAGAGAAAUGCAGGUCUUUAAAAGACACAGUAAAGAAGUCAGCAGUCUAGCUUGGCAUCCUUUUCAGCCUGACUUAUUUGUGACAGGCGGUUUUGAUGGGAGUUUAGGCUUUUGGAUCGUAGGAUAUGAUGAACCUGCCUGUUUUAUAGAAAAUGCACAUGCAGGGGUUAUAAGGGACACAGCUUGGCAUCCAUUAGGACAUUUGUUAGCGACUGGGAGUAAAGAUUGUUUUACAAGAUUUUGGAGCAGGACUUACACACCUAAUAUUAAUUAA